GGAACAAAAGUGAGUCUGAGUGCUAAGACGGAACCAUUAUACCGAUACACACCAGACAAUAACCAAUUGAGCAUGGCGUCGGGUCAAUUGUGCAAGCUACACAGCCUCUUAACGCGACUUUGUAACUGUGCCACACUACGACGUGCACAAACAUGUUUGGUGCCAGUGCGACACAAGGCCGCUAUCAGUGGUCCUUCACUGGAUGGCCCUAACUGUAAUGUGGAAAUCGGCGUGACUUCAGAUGGGAAAACCAUAGUGUGCUACCAUCCCACUGUCGACAUUCCCUAUGAGUUUACCCAGCCCAUAGAACGGCCAGAUCCCCUGACCAACCCGAUUGAGACCCAUGACCAGGUUUUAAAGGCCCACCUCAGCAAGGAGGUGUUGAAGGACAAAAAGGGGCCCACUAUAGAGGAGCUGAGCAAGAUGUUUUUCACCACAAAACACCGGUGGUAUCCAGUAGGACAGUACCACAUGAGACGCAGGAAGAAGGAUCCCCCAAAGGACAGAUAGAUAAAGGCAAAAGUUAGAAAACUGCAAACGAUGUUUGGUAGUCUUAUUGUCCCAAUAAUGUAUAAUAAAUUGUUAAAUGUUAA